AUGACUAAUAUCUACAGCGACAUCAUGAUGCUCAAAACCAUCGCCUUAGCGGCCACAUUCGCCCAUCUGUCCACAGCGACACAAUGGGCCCAGUUUUGCGACGACGAUAAUUGUUCCGUAAACUGUGGCAUAUCAGUCAACUUGGCCAACCCUGGAUGUCUCAACGAAAAUGGUCGCAAAUCCGUCAAAAUCCACGGCACUGAUAUUAUGUUGUACAGCCUGGUGGUUUCUCCGCGUUCAAAUUGUCCAUGCCAAAGGGAGAAGAAGAAGAAGACUGCGUUCGCUAUGCUCCACACCGCGUCUUCCUUGCUGACGACAAUGCUUGCUCUGCGAAAAACACAUUCCAAGGCAAUCGCCUACACAGCCUUGUCCUUCUUUCUGCUGGGCAUUCUGUACCUGCUCAGCUCUCACAUCUGCUAUCGUGACCCAGGUUCUGUGUUUUUCGACCCCAAUCGAGCGUAUCUCGCAUUAUAUUCUGCUGUCCGCCAAAAGCAAGCCGCCGCCUAUAUCGAGCAAGCGACCCUCUCUACACAACCAAAAUGUCAGCCAGAUAAACUGCCCAAACUGUGUGUUGCAAUCGCAUCGACAACCAGACCUAGCGUUCAAUAUCUAGACAGCGCUGUUGGAUCUCUUCUGGUGGGCUUAGACCCAGUGGAGCGACAGGAGAUAUACUUGAUUCUUUUGAUUGCGCAUACAAACACCAGCCUUCAUCCCGCUCACAAUGCCACCUGGAUUGAUCAUGUUGCCGACAGUAUCCUGCAAUAUAAUGCGCUACCACCAAAGGAAGUAGAAGAGAUCAAACUACUCGAGAUCUCCGAAGAUGGAAUACGCCAGAAGACAAGGAUUGACUACAUCCUGUUGCUGGAGGCAUGCCAAAGGACAGGUGCUUCUCAAGUGCUCAUCUUGGAGGACGACGUCCUGGCAAUGGAUGGCUGGUAUCACCGUUCCAUUGCUGCAGCCAAAGAGGCAUACCGCCGCACGUGGUCCAUGGGCUUAUCUGAUUAUUUGUACGUCCGACUCUUCUGGUCAGAGAGGCAUCAAGGCUGGAACAAAGAAGAAUGGCCGAUCUAUGCACGAAACAUUGUGAUUUUUCUAUCCAUCCAGUUGGCUGUACUCUUGGCUGGUCGGGCAUUGCUAGACGGCAGGCUCGACUCCCACCAGAAUGACAACAACGACGAGGACCCGCAAGUCUGGCACAACGGUCUGCGGCUACCAUUAAUGAAAUCAAUUGUGAUGCUUUUAAUCGGCAAUGCCUUCCUCAUUGUCAGCAUCUUUGUCGCAGGCCGCAUGUCUAUUUUCCCUUAUCGCGGACCAAUAGUCCAGAUGCCGACAUAUGGCUGCUGCACUCAGGGCCUGCUUUAUCCUUCAACGCGCAUCCCAACCGUCCUACGGUAUCUGCGACACCAAGGUGAGCUAGAGAGACAACAUGAAGCUGGCGGAAUCUGGGUAGACCAGACGAUUGAGAAGUUUGCAAAUGAAGAACAUGAACUGCGCUGGGCUAUAGUUCCAAGUGUACUGCAACAUGUCGGUGCAGUCAGUGCAACAAAACAGAGUCUAGAGAAGUCUUCUUAUCAUCGGAUAUUCAGCUUUUCGUUCGAGACUAUGGAUGCUGAGCAAUUACGGAGGGAGCAUCAGAGUAUUGUUGACGGAUUACACUAG